UUUUAAUACGUUUUGUGUUUUGUAAAGUAUUUUUGUUUUAUUAAUUAAUGUUAUUUCUAUGUGUAAAAUUUGGUUACGUAAAAUAUGUCUUAAAAAAGUUCCUACAUUUUUAAAUUUAUUAUUAUUUGUCUAAAUAUAUUAAUUACUCAUUUCGUACUUAGUGAGCCGGUAACUCUGCCAAAAGUAAUCUCAAAUUGUUAAGGAGAAAAACUAAUUCAGCUAAAAUAAGGUUUUGUCUCAAAUUUUAAUUUGCGAUAAUUUUUACAAUUAUUAACAAAACUUCUUUCCAAAAGCGGUCAAGGGAAAUAUGUUAACAUCGAACUAAUUCUAUUUUGCAAUGAACGCUUCAGUAAAUAAAAAUUAACAAAACGCGACAUAGAAGAAUAUAAAAAUAGAACAAAAUAUAUUAUUUGUUUUAUAAAGUAUCGAUUUUGAGUAACACUUGGGCGUUUGUAAAAAAACAAAAAUUUUUAAUGGCUGGAAGACGGAAACGUGGACGCCCACGUCGCGGUGAAGGACCCGCGCUAGAUGAUAUCGAUGUGCUGCUUGCACGUGAAUUUCAACAAAGACCGGCGUUUUAUGAUCGCAAUCAUCCUCAAUAUAGGAAUAGAGAUUACUUGGAUGGAAUGUGGAUGGAUAUGGCUGAGAGUGUGGGCCAAAAUGUUGCUAUAGUAAAAAAUCGUAUGGUUCAACUACGCAAUCGUUAUAACUUGGAAAAACGUCGAGUAGAAAUGUUACAGGACCAAUACAAUGAUCCAAGUAUUACAUCGCAAUGGCCAAUGUAUAAUUAUUUAGCAUAUUUAGGUGAUCACAUAAAAGCUCGUCGAUCGUUUACAAAAGAAGUGAUUGUAAGACCAAAAUCGGCUCCAUUUUCGAAUUCAAGACCUGUGCGUUUUGCUUAUUGCAGUGAUACUGAUGGAUGUGAUGAACCGAAUCCUUACCCGCCAACCCCGCCGGUUGCAGCUCCGCUAGAGAGGCAAUUAAGGACAGAUUUACCUAGUAAUGUAAAUGAGCCAAAUAAUAAUUCAAACUAUCAUGAAAUGAGACCGCCAAGUCCCGACAAAGAAAUGGAUAACAGUCCUUAUGGUAAUCCAAACUUGUGUAAGUUUAGAGCUUUUGGGCAGUUUUUAACUUCAUCAUUGAUUGAAAUGAAUCAAAAGGACGCUUUGUUAUUGGUAGAGAAGUUCACCACUGAUUUAGUAAAAUCAUUACUACUUGAAACACAUAAUAAGUCAUCAGAUGUACAAAUGGAAGUUGUUUUAAAUGGACAUAAUUGAUAAAUUUUAUAUUCCGUUUAUAUUCAUGUCUAUAUGUAAGUUCCGUUUACGUAUACAUGUAUUUCUAAGCAUUUUAACUAAUUUUAGAACUUGUCUACUUUCUUCUGGAAUUAGGAUAAAUGAAUAGUAUUAAGGGUACAUAUGUAAAUAUACAAUAUGUAAUAAUAGUUUUUUGCAUGAACAGAAUUUCACAUUCAUGGAUAACACGAUUAAUUAAUUCUUAAUAGCAACACAACACACACAAUCGUUAGACCUACGCUACCGUAGGUUUUUAACGUUCAUUUUGUAUUUAAUCCAAGAAAUUUUUCUGUUUUGAAAUGUGUGUCUGCAAUUCCAGUUGGUGUAAUAUUUGUUAACAGCAUAUUAAAAUAUAAAUUAAAACUUUUAAUAAAUAUAGAUGUGAAAUGGGCACAUUAAACUGUAUUUGAUUUGAAGAGUACAUAUUUGUAUAAGUAUAACUAAGCAAAUUGGAGUCAGUUCUUUGAUGCAAUUAUAUUUUUGGUUAGUUUAUUAAGGAAUUGUCAACUAAAAAAUUGAAGUUACCAGUAACAAUACAUAACUAUUUUAUUAUUUUGCGCCUAAUACAUAAAUUAACGAAACAAAUGGCAAAAUAAAAUAGGGAACAAAUUGCUGACAACAUGGCAGAUAAAUAAAUGCAUUAUUUACAAGAUA